AUGGCAAUGCAAAACUCGUGGGUUUGCGAUUUAAGCUCGUGGUCCUUCUACAGAUUUCUGGUUCUUGUGGUUUGCAGGUUUGAUGGUGUCCCGGAUGAAGAUGUNGUUGUAAUCGAUUACAAAAGGCUGAACUUCUGUGUAAUAGGCAAAAUCUCUCUGUUCAUAUUUUUGAACAACACUAGUAUAACGUUGGGAUGUUGCAAUGAUUGUGAAAAACAGGCAGCACCGUUGUACCUUUCAGAAAUUGCUCCACCCAAAUGGAGAGGAGCAUUCAACACAGGCUUCCAAUUCUUUUUAGGAGUUGGAUCAUUGGUCGCUGGCUGCAUAAACUAUGCAACUGCGAAGCACACAUGGGGGUGGCGAGUUUCGCUUGGCAUCGCUGUGGCGCCUGCAGCAGUUAUGACAAUCGGUGCCUUGCUUAUAACUGACACUCCCAGUAGCUUGGUUGAACGUGGCAAAAUAGAAGAAGCCAGAAGAGCCUUGCGGAAGGCCAGAGGAUCCUCCUUUGAUGUUGAACCUGAAUUGGACGAACUCAUUAAGUGGUCACAGAUUGCAAAAUCUGUAGACAAGGAGCCCUUCAAAACCAUAUUUGAGAGGAAACAUCGACCCCAUUUGGUCAUGGCAAUUGCUAUUCCAUUUUUUCAGCAAAUGACAGGGAUUAACGUUGUGGCAUUCUAUGCUCCUAACCUGUUUCAAUCAGUGGGUUUGGGACAUGAUGCAGCUUUACUUUCUGCCAUUAUACUCGGAGCAGUCAACCUUGCCUCUCUCCUCGUCUCAACUGCUGUUGUUGAUCGCUUUGGUCGAAGGUUCUUGUUCAUAUCUGGUGGCAUUCUCAUGCUUGUUUGUCAGAUUGCGGUGUCAGUUAUGCUGGCAGUGGUAACUGGUGUUCAUGGUACAAAGGACAUAUCAAAAGGCAACGCAAUUGGAGUGUUGGUGCUGCUUUGUUUCUACACUGCUGGUUUUGGGUGGUCAUGGGGACCUCUCACGUGGCUAAUUCCGAGUGAGAUUUUCCCGUUAAAAAUCAGAACCACUGGACAAAGCAUAGCUGUGGCGGUGCAGUUUAUUACCAUAUUUAUAUUGUCCCAGACAUUCUUGACAAUGCUGUGCCACUUUAAGUUCGCUUCCUUCGUGUUUUAUGCGGGUUGGAUUAUAGUUAUGACAAUCUUUGUUAUACUUUUCGUGCCAGAAACAAAGGGAAUUCCUUUGGAAUCGAUGUACACCAUAUGGGGAAAACACUGGUUCUGGCGCCGAUUUGUAAAGGAAGUUACUCAACAAAAUCUUCCAUGAGCUAAAUUUCACUUCAGGACUGUUGUUCAUAAUAAACAGUUAAAAAUUAAAAAUUGUGGACAUUGCCUUCCUAAGACACAAUGUUUUCUGUAUAUGUAGAAAAUGUCUAUUAGGAUCAUAUAAGUAAUUGACUAGUUAUAACUAUUUGUAUGUCACUGAUCCAGUCAGACAAGUUAUCUAUUUUUCUU